UAGCCGGGCCGGCUUCGGCGGCGCCGCCAUCUUUGUUGAUGUGUCAGCUCCGCGGGGGUUUUGGCCGGCGGCGGCGGCGGCGGAGAGAGCUAGGGAAUUGUCUCGAUCCUCUCUGCUUUCUUUUCCACCCACUCGUCUGCGGGUCCCCGCCAUGGAAAAGUUGAACCCUGCGCCGGGGCGCCAGAGGUCCCGCUAGGGUGCGGCCUGAGGCUUGGAGGAGCGCGAUGUAAAACAAAAAUCAGGAGUGGAUUUGAAGAAAUGCAAAGUGAAUUGGUACCAGUCAGCAUGUCGGAGACCGAGCACAUAGCCUCCAUUCCUUCUGAGAAACAUAUUGGAAAAACACCCGAGUUAAAGGAAGACUCCUGUAACUCAUUUUCUGGUGAUGAAAGCAGCAAAUUAGAAAAUGAAUCCAAACUAUUGUCAUUAAACUUUGACAAAAUCUUAUGUCAGCCUAAUGAACACUGUCAAAUUGAAGCUUCUGAAAACUAUGUUCCAGAUCAUGGUGGAGGUGAGGAUUCUUGUGCUAAAAUAGAUACAUGCCCAGAAAAUUCUGAACAAAUAGCUAACUUUCCUAGUGGAGAUUCCGCAAAGCAAGUGUCAAAAACAAGUGAAACUGAACAGACAGUAACACAAAUAUUGGCAGAAUUAAGGUCAUCUACAUUUACAGAAGCUGCUAAUCAAAAGACUUAUUCAGAAAGUCCCUAUGAUACGGACUGCACCAAGAAACUCAUUUCAAAAAUAAAGACUGUUUCAGCAUCAGAAGAUUUGUUGGAACAAAUAGAAUCUGAACUCUUAUCUACUGAGUUUGCAGAACACCAAGUACCAAAUGGAAUGAAUAAAGGAGAACAUGCAUUAGUUCUGUUUGAAAAGUGUGUGCAAGAUAAGUAUUUGCAACAGGAACAUACUAUAAAAAAGCUAAUUAAAGAAAACAAGAAACAUCAGGAGCUCAUCUUAGACAUAUGUUCAGAAAAAGACAAUUUAAGAGAAGAACUUAAAAAAAGAACAGAAACAGAGAAGCAGCAUAUGAGCACAAUUAAACAGCUAGAAACAAGAAUAGAAGAACUUAAUAAAGAAGUUAAAGCUUCCAAAGAUAAACUAGUAGCUCAGGAUGUUGCAGCUAAAAAUACAAUUCAGCAGUUACACAAAGAGAUGGCUCAAAGGAUGGAACAGGCCAAUAAGAAAUGUGAAGAGGCACGCCAAGAAAAAGAAGCAAUGGUAAUGAAGUAUGUAAGAGGUGAGAAGGAAUCUUUAGACCUUCGAAAGGAAAAAGAAAUACUUGAGAGAAAGCUUAGAGAUGCAAAUAAGGAAUUUGAGAAAAACACUAACAAAAUUAAGCAACUUUCUCAGGAGAAAGGACGGUUGCAGCAGCUGUAUGAAACAAAGGAAAGUGAAACAACUAGACUCAUCAGAGAAAUAGACAAACUAAAGGAAGAUAUCAACUCUCACAUCAUUAAAGUAAAGUGGGCACAAAACAAAUUAAAAGCUGAAAUGGAUUUACAUAAGGAAACCAAAGAUAAACUUAAAGAAACAACAACAAAGUUAACACAAGCAAAGGAAGAAGCAGAUCAGAUUCGACAAAACUGUCAGGAUAUGAUAAAAACAUAUCAGGAAUCAGAAGAAAUUAAAUCAAAUGAACUUGAUGCAAAGCUUAGAGUCACAAAAGGAGAACUUGAAAAACAAAUGCAAGAAAAAUCUGACCAGCUAGAGAUGCAUCAUGCGAAAAUAAAGGAACUAGAAGAUCUUAAGAGGACAUUUAAAGAAGGUAUGGAUGAGCUACGGACACUGAGAACAAAGGCAAAAUGUCUAGAAGAUGAACGAUUAAGGACAGAAGAUGAAUUAUCGAAAUAUAAGGAAAUAAUUAAUCGCCAAAAAGCCGAAAUUCAGAAUUUAUUGGACAAAGUGAAAAUCACAGAUCAAAUACAGGAGCAGCUUCAAAGAGGUAAACAAGAAAUUGAAAAUUUGAAGGAAGAAGUGGAAAGUCUUAAUUCUUUGAUUAAUGACCUGCAAAAAGACAUCGAAGGGAGUAGGAGAAGAGAAUCUGAGCUACUACUGUUCACAGAAAAGCUCACUAGUAAGAAUGCACAGCUUCAGUCUGAAUCCAAUUCUUUGCAGUCUCAACUUGAUAACCUUUCUUGUAGUGAAAGUCAGUUACAAAGCCAAUGUGAGCAAAUGAAACAAACAAACAUUAAUUUGGAAAGUAGAUUGCUAAAAGAGGAAGAACUACGAAAAGAGGAAGUCCAGACUCUGCAAACUGAACUCACUUGUAGACAAACAGAAGUUAAAGCAUUGAGUGUCCAGGUAGAAGAAUUGAAAGAUGAACUAGUAACUCAAAGGCGUAAGCAAGCCUCUAAUAUUAAGGAUCUUACCAAACAACUUCAGCAAGCACGAAGAAAAUUAGAUCAGGUUGAGAAUGGAAGCUAUGAUAAAGAAGUUAGCAGCAUGGGAAGUCGUUCUAGUUCAUCAGGUUCCCUUAAUGCUCGAAGCAGUGCAGAAGAUCGAUCUCCAGAAAAUACUGGUUCAUCGGUGGCUGUGGAUAGCUUUCCAGAAGUGGACAAGGCCAUGUUGAUUGAGAGGAUAGUUAGGUUGCAGAAAGCACAUGCCCGGAAAAAUGAAAAGAUAGAAUUUAUGGAGGACCACAUCAAACAGUUGGUGGAAGAAAUUAGGAAGAAAACAAAAAUAAUUCAGAGUUACAUUUUACGAGAAGAAUCAGGCACUCUUUCUUCAGAGGCAUCCGAUUUUAACAAAGUUCAUUUAAGUAGGCGAGGUGGCAUUAUGGCAUCUUUAUAUACAUCCCAUCCUGCUGAUAGUGGAUUAACACUGGAGCUGUCUUUGGAAAUCAACCGAAAAUUACAGGCUGUUUUGGAGGAUACGUUACUAAAAAAUAUUACAUUGAAGGAAAAUCUACAAACACUUGGAACAGAAAUAGAACGCCUUAUUAAACACCAGCAUGAACUAGAACAAAGGACAAAAAAGACCUAAUACAGUGAGGCAAGAGCCACUUGGAGCAGGUGCCACUAACCAGUGUUGUUGGAAACGUCCCUGCUUUAUGUGUCAUCUAGUCAAAUACUUGUUUUGCUUCAUCUGUAUAAAGGAGUUUCCUUUUACAAAUGGAUGCAUUGCUGUGUAUACUGUAAGAGUGUAGGCUUUGAUGAAAUGUUUUUAUAUGGUUGCAGUACAACAGCCUGUCAUUGAAUCUAAACAACUUAAUGUGCUCAUAGUCACAUGAAGUGCUGAACAUUGCUAUAAGGACUUUGAAAAAUCCCUUCUCCAUAUUUCUUCUGUUUAAAAUAUAUAAUGUCAGAAAUGAUUCAUCUUCUUAAAGAUAUGCAUGAAAAGACAUAUUAGUCAUUCAGUAAUUCACUGUUUCUGUAACAUCAAGAAAACCACAGAAACAUUAAGAAUUUGUAUAUUUUGACCUGGCCAUGGGGCACAUGCCUGGAGUCUCAGUUACACAAGAGGCUGAGGGAUGAUGAUCAUUUGAGCCCUGGAGUUCAGAGCCAGACUGGGUAACACAGCAAAACCUUAUCUCAAAACAAACAAAAAAUUUUAAAACUCCACCUUUUUUAUGUUUUAACACUCCAGUGUAACGUAUAGCUGUGCUUGAGGGAUACAUUCAAGUACUUAAAUCUUUCAGUUUUAAUUUUAAUGAAAACUGAACUUAAUAGGAAAGGCAGCUGUUGGUAACUAGCAAUGAUUACAUAUUAUAUGUCUUUUGUCAGUUUUCCUUCUCUGGUACAUGUUUUCAGAUUUGGAUAGUUUGAGUUAAUCAUUGAAUUCUAAAAAUCUUUAGUUUCUUAAAGCGCUAUUUUCAAUAACAUACUCAGAAAAUUGCUAUGGACUUCAGUUCUGUUUUUAAAAUGUGAAGUAGAUCCAAUCAUUAGAACAGGGAGAUGAAUACUACUUUGAAAUGGAAAUACUUUAGCUCUACUGACACUUAUGAAGAUAAAAAUAAUAGUGCUUAAGAUAUUUAUGAAGAACCAGUUUCCCAAGAGAAACCAGCAUAUUAAUCAUUUCAUUUGAGCAUCAUUCUUCACUACUGACAGUUAAUUACAUAUUACAGUGAAGUGACCAUGAAGUUCCCCCAAAUGUGCUGUUUUAGUGUAUUUAUUUUAAUAUAUGUCUAGAAUCAUGGGAAUUUUAGAGCUAAAUUUUUGCAUGUUCUUUGAUUUUUUACAGUAUUUAAGAUGUACACUUAAAUCUUGCCAUAGUAUCAAUAUUUGCUAUUGAAUUUUUCUCACCUAUCAUAAUUUCUUUCACAUUGCAUUGUAUUCAGAUCAUUUGUAUAUUAGGGUACCUUGGCUCAUAUGCAGAUGUUGCAGCAAGCCUCAUUUCCGUUUUAGAUCCCCACCACCACCGACACACACACACACACACACACACACACACACACACACACAAUUAAGAGACGUGAGCUUUGGAUGAAGCCUUAAGGAAUUGUAUAGGCUCUUAAGUUGGGCUCAUGAUGGAAAUGUCCUUAUAAUGUGUUUUAACAUUUUUUAAAAAAUCAGCGUAACAUUGUUUAAAAAGAUAAUUUACUAAAGAUUGGAUAAGUCUGUGUAGUGUCUUUUUCUGUGUACUGAGUUACAUGUUGUCAUCCCAAAACAAACCUUUUUACUUCAGAGUGAAAAUACACAUUCAAAGAUGUUUUAUUUUUAAAAUAGAUGUAAAAACUAUUAGUCUUUUUUAAUGUGUCUUGCUUUAUUAAUAAUUUAUCAAAAUAAAUAAGAGAAGUGCAAUAAAAUCUGAAUCAUUUUCCCAUUUGUUUCUAGACAUACUGUUGAAACUCCAGAAGUCUACUAGAGUAGGAAACAUACUAAACCUUUUUAGUUUCUCAUGUGAUACAGAUUUAUACAUUACAAUUUUUUUCUCCAAGGCACAAAAUAUAUAUAAUAGAGACCAAACAGUGAUCAGAUCCAUCAUGUCCUUUGCCUGUGCACUUCUAAAAAUAUAUACAUUUAUUACAGACAAAAGAACACUCCAGUAUUAAUAUAUUUGCCAUGAACUAUUUGGAGAAGUUUAAUGAUAAAACAGUUUUAGAAGUUAUUAAAAGCCAUAUUUUGACUAUUACAUUUUUUUCUUCAUAAAUUUAAGAAACUAUAGAAAAGUUUUGAAGGAAAUGCUUUCUUUUUGCUCUUCAGUAUCUACUGCAUCCUUUUGUAUAUGGGUCAGGACUGAGCAAAAUGAUGUACAAAAGCUCCUGAUGUAAGGAUUUAGAGGGCCUUCAGUGUUACUAUAUUGAAUAUAUGGAGAGAAAAUGGGAUGACAGGGAUAAACUUGAGACCUGUGGAGAAAUUUGUUCAAUAUGUUCAUUAUUAAUUGCAUACAUUAAAGGCCAUUUUGGCUAGUUAGUAAUAUUUCAGUGUCUUUGAGCAGGAAAUGUUGUGUGUAUAUGUAUAUGUAUACACUUCAUAGGUUUUAAUUUGAAAGUGAUAGUUGCUGUGACUCCCUUUUCCCCAUACCGCUUCAAACUUUAGUCUGUUAAAACAGUUUUAAGGAUUUAAAAUGGUGGGAUUAGGCAGGAGAAUGAAUUUGAACUUGGAUAGUAUUUUUGUUUUCAUAUUGUACCUUUGUAACCAUUUAAAGUGAUUUCAGGUUGUGAUCAUGUUAUUUAUUCACUUAAUAAACACUUUGAAAACCUCCACUGUCAGGCACCAGACAGGGUACUGGGAUUGCGUUGAUGAGCAGACUGCACAGAGCACCUCUCGUCCUCGUGAAGCUUAUAGUCUAGGGACGGUAGUUAGGAGGCCCAAUGAGCAGGACUUUGGGCUUCGUAGCUCCUGCCAACCCCCUUUAGACUGGGCUGAGAAGAGCAUUAAUCUCCCUGGGCAGGUAACAGCCUGGAAAUCUCACUCUGCCAUGAAGCUUCAGAAACUGAAUCCUGGCUGAGGCAUACUGGGAGAAAGUUGCUGUUUUCAUAGUGGUUCUGCGCAUUUCCUAACUUUUGUCAUAGUUUGUUUAUUCUUAAAAACAUCCAAAGAUCAUAAAAAGAUUUUUACCAUUUUAGUAAAUUAUUGAUUCUCACAAAGAAAUUUGUGUUGUCAUGUAUGUUUCCAAACUUUGUUUUGCAGUAUAUUAAUUUUUUUCUAAAUAUUUUUACAUAUACAUUUAGACCAAGUUUUACCAUUGGAAGGAAGAAAAUGACAAAUUAUUAAUGUUGUAAAUGUAACGUAUGCUACCCUGCUGGAAAUAUUUUUAUAAAUCAUGUUGUCAUUCAUGCCUUAUGAAUGUUGACUCCAGUAGCCUAUUUUUCAGUAACUUUUCUUUUUUAACAAAAGAAUUCUUUUUUGACACUAAGAUUAUUAAUUUUUAACUAACAUCAGUUGGUGGCACUAGAAACCUGAACAUUUACAAGGCUGAACAAGAGAAAUAAUUGAAAAAGUAUCCAAACAUGGAUUUUUAGGAAAAUAAAUGAAAAAUAAAAUUGCGUAUUAAAAAUGUAUUAUUCUUCUGGAAUGAAAUUCUUUUUUAAAAUCCAUAUGGCUGUCCAUCUUGACUGUGAUGACAAAACUGGUUUAUCUUCCAGAGUACAUAUGUGUGCAUUGUAUAAAUAAUCUUUUAAUUUGAUUACACUGUUCAUUUUGUAAAUAUGAUUCUGUAUAAAAUGAAGCUUUUCAAGAGGAUUCUGUGUAUAUAUUAUUAAAUAGAUAAUGCCUGUUUACCAACUUGUA